ACCUAGUAUUAAGGCCAACCCAACCCUGGCGCCGCACCGUACGCACGCGCCCCGCCCACCGCCGCCGGCCGACGCCAUCCACAGAUCCGAUCCCACCCCACCCCAAACCCUAGCGCCAGCCACCCCCAGCUCCUGCCGUCUCCUUGCCGGCUGGCCAAGCAAGCAGAGCAACACAAGCAAAGCCAAAGCCGAUUUCCCCACCCGCGAGAGAUCUCGCGCAAACCCUAGAAUUCCCCUCCCCCCACCGGCGACUCGGCGCGCGGCCAUGGAUCCGGCCCCGCCCUACGACCACCGCCGCGGCGGCGGCGGCGGGCACUACUACCCCGCCCAGCAGCACCACCACCACCACAACGGCGGCCACUUCGCGCCGGGAGGGGGCGGCGGGCCCGUGCGGUCCAGGCACGAGCAGUACGACCCGUACGAGGCCUUCCCGCCGCCGCCGUACCACCACCCGCCCCCCUCCGACCACCACCCGCGCCUCCACCACUACCACAACCAGCAGCUGCCCCCGCCUCCCCCCCUGCCGCCGCCGCCGCCGCACCGUCCCGCCUACGCCGGCCCCUCCCCGCCUCCUCCUCCCGAGGCCUACUCCACCCCGCCCCCGCCACCGCCCCCGUACCACAGCUCGCCCGCUCCCCACUUCCACGGCCACCAGCGCCACCCCGACGAGGAGUUCCGCCGCAACGCUGGGCACCACCACCAGCACCAGCACCACCACCAGCAGCAUCAGCAGCCACAGCACCACCAUCAACAGCAGCAGCAGCAGCACCACCACCACCACCAUCAACAGCAGCAUCAGCAGCCCCCGUGGGAGGACCCUGAGGAGCGCAGGCGCAGAUUCGCCCCUGCUCACCAGGAGCCCGAGGACGACAGGCGCAGAUACGCCCCUGCUCACCAGGAGCCAGAGGAAGACAGGCGCAGAUACCCCCCUGCUCACCAGGAGCCAGAGGAAGACAGGCGCAGAUACGCCCCUGCUCACCAGGAGCCUGAGGACGACAGGCGCAGAUACACGUCCCCCCACCACCACCGUCUCUCGCCGCCGCCCAGCCCGCGCAAGAAGCAGCGGUGCGCCUUACAUGACCGGGUCGACAUCGAGAGCACCUCCAGCUCUGGCCCGCUGCCUUCACGCCAUCAGAGGCAGCAGCCCCAUGCCAGCUACGCCGCGGUUGACAGCUUUGUAGAUAGGGCCCCUGCGCAUCCUGGCUACAGCCACGAGAGCUUCUCAACACACAGCGACAGCAAGGGCAGCAGGAAGAUUCAGAUGGUUUCACAGACGUCAACGCUGUCUGGCGAGCGUGGCUCGCCGCGCUCGCCACGUGCCACCAUUGUCGCGCAUCCGAGGCGCACUCCGCAGAAGGAGCCUGCCCCAAGGAGACUUUCUGUGUGGCAGAGGAUAGAGGAGGGCCCUGCUGCUGCUACACGGCCGCCGCCACCGCCACCGCCAAAGGCCUUGCAUAUUUCACCAGCCAAGUCGAGCACUGCCGGCUCUGCUUCAAAGGGAUUGGCCAGCGUGAUCUCUGUGGACUGCAAGGCAAAAAGUGCUGGUAGUAAUGAGGUUGACAGCACUAAAGUAAUACAGAAGGAUGCUGGAAAGAAUGUUAGGAAGGUGUUGUCCUCAGUUCUUGUGAAACCUUCACCGGAGUCCAAGGAAAAAGAAGGGUUUGUUGAGAAGCUUCCUGGGAAGCAUGAUAAUGUUCAGGAGAAUGUGUCAGAUUCCCCUAGUAAAAGUCUGGGCUUAGCUGGUCGUCCUGUGGCUGGUGUCAAGAAAGUGAAGAAGAUAGUUAUCAAGAAGAUUGUGAGGAGGAUUGUUGGCAAGGAUAAACAAAUUAGUAGCGAAAUUGUAUCUGAGAAGAGGGAUAAUAUUGAUGCUAUUGCAAAUGCUUCUGAAAAAGAAGAGGGUGAAAUCAUAACCUCAUCGCUGGAAAAGGAUACUGUAUCUGAACAUAAUAUGGUAAGCACUAGUGGUACAGCUGGAGCUGGUAAUGGUGUGAAUGUCCAGAAGGGUGAAAAUAGCAACUCGAUAAAUCCACGUAAAAGGAAAGCCACUUCAGCCAUCGAGUCCAAGAAAAUUCUUGAUUCAACAAAUCGUAGUGGGAGUAAGCACCUUGGAAAGGAAGACAAUAGAAGCUCCAUGGGUCGAGGUGAUACUAUUGCUGCUUCAGCCAUUAAAUCUACAGAAGCACUUGCUACAAGACGAAGUGAGCAUCCUGGGAAAGGAGAUAGGAGCUCCAUGGAUUCAGGUGUUAGGAGUGCAACUUUGGUGUCUACGAAUGAUAAUUAUCAGGAGGAGGGUGAAAUCAUGCCUCUUUCAGGUGAAACGAGUGCUGCAGUUACAAGUAAUCCUCUGAGAAUUUCUAAUAGGCAUACAGAAUCUAGCAUGAAAGAGAGCAGAGCUCCUAAGAAUGUCAGUAAAAAAAACACUGUUUGCACAAAUGGAGUUACUGUAAAUCAUGAUACGGCAGAAAUUUCUGGAAGUGAGGAUGCUAGGAGGGAAGACAAUGACAUCUUGAUUAACACAAGCGAAGAGGAUGUUCGCCGUGUAAGUAGUACACCAGAAGUUACUAUAUGCAAGAGAAAGGGUGCUCAGAAAGGUGAGGGUAUGAUUCUGACUGGUUUAGGUGAAAAUAGUAUUGGUAAUGUUUCUGUGGCACACCAUGUGAAGAUUUCUAAUACAAGGGAACUCGAUGUGAAUGAGGAUACCAGGACCAAAGAGAGCCAAAUCCCCAUAGAAUUAUGUCAAACUAACACUUUGAAAACAAUACACCACUUGGAAGCUCCUGAUACAUCAGAAACUACCAUGAGCAAGUUUGUUGGGAGGAAAGUGGGCAAAAGCCUCAUGGGGUCAACUGAAAGACAUGCUACCACCACAUGUAAUUCUGGGAGCACUCCAGAAUUUAAUUUAGCUGGUGGAUUCGGCAAUAGCCACAAGGAAGAUCUUCUCAAUGACGGAACUGCUUUCAAUGAAACAGAUGCUCCCAUGGAAGUUGAAGGUAGAGAUUUCUUUAAUCUGUCAUGUUCCAGAAAUGUUGAAAGCAUGAAUGUGCCACCAUUAGAUGAUGAUCUUAUGGAGGAUUUAACCCGGGAUAUUGUUUUGAAUAAUGGUAUAGAAAGGGGUGCUACAGCUCAGGUAGCAGAACUGAUCAAUCUUCAUAGAGGUCAUCUGUCUCCCGAGAUUGAUUUUCCCUUGGCACAUUCCCGUGAAUCUUCAUCUUCUGGUAACAGCGAGCAGUCUGUUCCUACAACUUUGACACUUGGCAGUAAUUUCUAUUUCAGUAAUAACAUCGAAAGUGAGCGACAGCUCAAGGAAAACCAUGAGCUGCUGGAAGGGCAGAAAGGAUUAGAUGUUUCCACAGUGUCAGAAUUUGAUAGUCUUGUAAAACAAAAAGGUGUGGCUGAUGAUGACUCAGUUGGUGUAGGUUCUCAAAAUUGGCUGACUUUACCGCCAGCGGUCAACAGCAUUGCUAUGUCUGAGCAGUUUGUGACUAACGAUGCUACUGUUAGGAAAGAUAGGAUAGGUUUGGAUCAGAGCGUGGAUAAUGACACUUCUGUUAGUCAGGAUCAUGAUACUGCACAAGGUUUGGAGCAGUGUGGAAGUGUGGAUGCUUUCUCUAGUCAGGUUAACAGCAUUAGGCUAUCUGUAUCUGGUAGUGAUAUGCCUCAGUCAGACUCAUUGACACCCAAAGAGAUCAGUGGCGUUGUUGAGAAACAUGGUGAGAUAGUUCUCUCGGGUUUGCACUCUAUUAGUUCAAUAAAUGUUGUAGAUCAACAUGAUAAUCAAAUGGUGGAUAUUUCUGUGGGCAACCCAACUGAACCUGCUAUCCCAGCUGUAGAAUCUAUUGAUGUGAUGGAUGCAGAGCUAGUUUCUCCUCAGGUAUCUGUUGAGCCGGAUAAUACCUAUGACAGUAAUAAAGGAAUCAGUGGUGAUGUUGAGAAACAUGGGGAGGUAGUUCUCUCUGGUUUGCACUCUAUUAGUUCAAUAAAUGUUGUUGAUCAACAUGAUCAUCAGAUGGUGGAUAAUCCUGUGGGUAACCCAAUUGAACCUGCCAUCCCAGCUGUGGAAUCUACUGAUGUGAUGGAUACAACGCUUUCUCCUCAGGUAUCUGUUGAGCCAGAUAAUAAUACCUAUAACAGUAAUACUGAAGGUUCUGUGGUUAACUCAAGCACAAAGCGAGAUUUGUUGUCUUCUUGGAUUGAAUCCAUUGUGUCAGAAGCUAAAAAGGAUCAUCAACCAUGCAAAUCUACUUUACCUUCUAUUAGUUUGCCAGUCUUAGCACCAAAGGAGGAUAGCAGGAGAGCAGGAUUGGACUCGGUUGGAAACCCUGUGGGGAAGUCUCCUCAGAUGAAUUGUACAAGCUCUAUGCCUCCCAAGGUAGCUCCUAAACGGGCGAAUUUGCCCAGUUCAUCCCGAGAGCCUCCUCGUGCAAGUUCAAAUCCAAGGCACAAGACAUGGCAUCGUGGUGACAUGACAUCUUCUACAUCUUUGCCCAGUUCACAGCCUUCAGGAUUACCGCCUAAACAACCACCAAGGCGGAAUGACAAAACUCAAAACUCUUAUAUACGCAAGGGUAACGCCCUUAUUAGAAAUCCAGCAACAGGAAAACUUUCUCAUUCUUCUAGUCUGGAUACUCAGAAUAAGUUGAAUAAGCCUGUGAUGAGGAGAAGCAUGAACUUUGUCAGGAAAGUUGAUUCAAAUGAUUCUGCAGCACGUUUGAGCUUUACAGUUGAAAGACCUAAGACUCCUCCUUUACCACUUCAUGCCAAAUCCAUCAAUUCAACCACAAGCCUCCCAGAGCAGUUGCCUAAAACUUUGCCCAAGCAGCAUGUUCCUGAAACUGAAAAAGAAGAUUCGGCUAGGCAAUUAAACUCAGGUGUUGAUACCCCAAGCAUUAAAAGUGCACAAACACCUGAACCCUCAGAUGCUAGUAAAGUGGUUUAUGUUAGACCGAAAUCAAAUCAAUUGGUUGCUGCACAGAGGCAGCACCCUGAUGACCCGACUAAAAGUUCUACAGAUAAGGUUUUAUCACAGCAGCCACCCACAGCCUCUGAUUUAUAUUUCAAGAAGCGGAAAAAUCAGAUUAUUUUGAGUUCAUCUUCCUCUGAUGGUCAGAAUACAAAAGAGAUUGCACCUGCUGAGAGCUUAAAUUCAGGUGAGAGUAAUGUACAAAUUGCAUCCUCGAACAACAGUAUCAAUGGUUUAAAGGAGAGACCACAUAAAGCUCUUCGGACAAAUAAUAUGGGAACUUCCUCGCACGUGUGGACACUCAGUGGGCAACAACCACAGAGGAAAGGAUCUGCGGGAACUAGUUAUGCGAAGGCCUUCCCACGUAUUCUUCCAUGGAAAAGAAAAAUAUACUGCAAGAAUUUUAGAAACAGUCACACUCAGAAUGUGAGCUCCUUACGAAUAGUCAGCAGAAAACUAUUACAAACCAAGAAGAGAGAUAUGAUUUAUACUGUCUCAACUAAUGGAUUCUCUAUACGGAAAUCUGGCGUGUUAAGUGUUGGUGGAUCAAGUUUGAAAUGGUCACGAUCUCUUGAGAAGCGUUCUCAAAAGGUUAACGAGGAGGCUACAUUGGCAGUUGCUGACGUUGAGAAAAAGAGAGGAGAAAAACGGAAACGGCAAUAUCUCCAUUAUACUGGAAGAAAUGAUCAAUACUCUUUAUCUGUUGCCGGCAAUCAGUUAAGAAACAACAAUCAAGCAUCUUCAGAUUUGAGGAGGUCAUCAACUUGCAAUGGAUAUGUGCGUGUUAGCAAAGGUAACCAACUGGUUAGAAACCCCAAAAAAGUAACUCGCAUGCUAGCAAAUGAGAAAGUUCGAUGGAGUUUGCACACUGUUAGAUCACGCCUGGCAAAGAAACGACAGUACUGUCAAUUCUUCACUCGGUUUGGCGAGUGCAAGAAGCCUAAGGGCGAGUGUCGCUAUAUUCAUGACCCUGCUAAAGUGACUAUUUGCACUAAAUUUCUUAAAGGCCUGUGUUCUGAUACUAGCUGUAAACUCACUCACAAGGUCCUCCCGGAAAGAAUGCAAGACUGUUCUUAUUUUCUGAAAGGUCUCUGUACCAACACAGCUUGUCCCUAUAGGCAUGUGAAAGUGAACUCUAAGGCUCCUGCCUGUGAAGAUUUUCUAAAGGGAUACUGUGCAGAUGGUGAUGAGUGUCGUAAAAAGCACAGCUACACAUGCCCAGUCUUUGAGGCAACAGGAGAGUGCCCACAACAAUCUACGUGCAAACUUCAUCACCCCACCAAGAAGACAAUCAAACCUAAGAGAAGCAGACCAGACACCCCCCAAAACAGUAGCUGGGGACGGUAUUUUGACACCAGCAUUAGACAUGACAGCGAGACAAGCAAAGUUUCUUCAGGCCAAGAUGACAGACAGAAACAGCAACAUGAUAUUUUCUCAGGUGGGGACUUCACUGACUUUAUCACACUUGACAUUGAUGGUGAAGAAGGCGUUGAUGCGCUGGACAGCAUACAGAGUGUUGAUGCGCCGGACAGCAUACAGAGUGUUGAUGCGCCGGACGGCAUACAGCUGAUGGAACUGGACUCAGGGGAACUUGGCACGGAGGCUGAUGAUCUUGAUGCACUAAUCAAACCUCUUCGGAUCAUGAGAACGGCAAGAGUGUGACAGGCUAACUGCUGCUUGAACUUGGACCAGGGGAAAGUUCAACAUUUCAGCAUGCGGGCCUUCAUAAUCUUGAUGCACAAGCAAAGCCGCUUCGGAUCAUGAGGGUAAAGAGUUUGAUGGCUGAUGGGACAGUGCUAAGGGGAUUCAAGUUUUGGACAUGCAGAUUGGUGCUCAAGCUGACUCGGACCGGCGAGAAGAACAAGGGUUUGACAAGUUUUUCGGUUAUUUCGGAUACCCGCUGUUGAUAUAGUGCUUUGCUGCGCCACACCAAGCUGCGGCGCUGACUGGGUUUUCUCUUCGACAUAUCCAUAUAUAGAUAGGGAAAACAUGCCUUGUCAUCCUUUUUUCUUUCCUUUUUUAACAUCUCGUUUCCAUUCAUCUUGUACUUAUGCAUAGGUUACAUUGUCUCAAACAUAGAGUGGGAGCAACUGGCUGUAUUACCUGUGUGUUGAAUGUAAAAACACAUAUCAUAUCUGUGAAAGAAGCAAUGCAACUUUAUUUCAA